AAUCAGCAUUAAUAUCCUUAAAAGCACUCAUUUAUGAUAGACAAGAAUUUAUAAGGGUAACUGAGUUAUUUUCUUGUGGUCUCUCUUUUUUGUUUUUGAAUGUAUUAAGAGGAACUAGCAAAUGAAAGAAGCAACACAAAUCAUAUAAGCAUGCCCAGAAGCUGCCUCUGGUUUCCUGGUCCAUUCCACAGCCAAGAAUACCUACGGAGGAGAGCCACACAUGUCGACUACUACCGAAGGGGCUGUCUCGGGCACGGCAGGGCAGGAGGAGGAGGAGGGUGUGACCCUCGAGUGUCUGAGGAGGAAGAUGGCAGAGUUUGCGAGGGAGAGAGACUGGGAACAGUUCCAUAGUCCCAGGAACCUCCUGCUAGCUCUGGUGGGGGAGGUCGGGGAGCUGUCAGAGAUCUUUCAAUGGAAAGGUGAGGUGCCCAGGGGUCUGCCUGACUGGGAAGAGGAGGAGAAGCAACACCUGGGGGAGGAGCUCUCUGAUGUGCUGCUCUACCUUGUGAGGCUCUCGGACAUCUGUGGGGUGGACUUGGGGAAGGCCGCACUCAGGAAGCUGGAGCUCAAUGCCCUCAAGUACCCUGUCCAGCUAUGCAAGGGCUCUUCGAGGAAGCACACUCGUUACUCCUCCAAUGCACACAGCCGCAGCAACGAGGACCCCAGCAGUGGAACUUCCGAGGGGCUCCCAAACACUGGCCUGCAUAGAUAGGGUUAUUUUGGGUGGUCAGAGGCGAAUGUAAGCAUUGUUCUGAUGCUGUCCUCCUAUCUCUUGUUGCAUGGACACCAUCUUGGUUGGUGCAGCCAUUGCUGCAGAAGAGUCUAGCAGACAAUAUAAUACUUAAUGCAUCGUCGUUCCUUAUCUCUUCA